AUGUCCUCUUGGCUAGGAGCGUAUAUGACCUCAUUCAUAAGUCUGAACGCGAUAAUCUCGACUGUUAUGAAGAACGUCAUUGAUUUUCUGAUGUCUCAUUUCUUCAAAACGGAAGCCGUAGAGACUAUCGCACUGUUCGACGACGGCGAUAUAUUGGACUUGGUCACGAUGCCGCGCGGAUGUGACAGGUUUUUGAAUUACUACGAUACAGCGGAGUUGGAGGAGCAUGUUCUCAAUUACGUAGUUAAGCGCGGACCAAACAGCGGGUCGACCAUCAAAGAAGUGUUUAUCAGGAAAAACCUGAACGAUUUGAUCUUCGAUUUCGACCUUUCGGAUUAUUUUGUCCACAAAGUCCAGCUGUAUGACAAAAUCAAAGACCCACACCACUUGAUCGGUCAACUCUUUUUGAGGGUCAACAGUCACUUCAACCCAUUAUGCUCGAAGAAAGUCGUGGUCCCGCAGUUCUUUACCUCGGAGUUUGAAAAUGGGUAUACCUUCGUUUCAAAACAUUUGAAAGAGGAAUUGGAUAUGACUAUUAUUGAGUGGCUUCGGUUACAAGACUACAGACUUCCACCGUCGACAGACAAAUUGUUACCAGGUCAAAUCCAUCCGGGGCUUGGUGUCGGACAUGAGGUCGAGGAGAUGAUUAUGAGCUUUGUUGUGGCGAAAAAUCGCGACGGGAUGUUGAACACCCCAGAGCAUUGGUACAAUGCGUAUCUCUAUUACACGUCAUCACAUUUUCAUUUCUUAAAUCCGGCGUUUGAGGGUUUUUUCAGAUCGAUCAAUGAAAGUGUGCGAAAGGACAUCGAGAAGAGGAGGUUGUGCAACGUGGCUUGGGCAAUUGCUCAGGGGAAGUUGAUGCACCGGCCUACCAACACUAUUGUUAAGUGGGUCAGCCUUGAGCAGGUAUUCCCAAUCUCAAAAAAACUAAGGGCAUACUUCAACGCUGAAUAUACCAACCUUGUCAUGAAAAACUAUCACCCAAAAGACUUCUAUAUCGAAUGGGGAGAGUAA